AUGGCUUUCUCUUCAACCAUCAACAGUGUGCGUGCGAGUGCUUCAAGCUAUAUAUUCCUGGUCUAUAUUCACAGACCCAUCGAUCUUUACUUUCUUUCUUCAUCCGGCUCUCUCAAAAAUCACAAUCCCGAUCAAGAAUCAAAGAUGGUGUUGUACCGCGACGACGAGUUCCGUCAGAACGCGCAGAAAUGGGAACAGAAAGUUGACGUCGACGACUCCGGGAGGUACAAGGUCGCUUGCCUCAACGCUACGACGUAUCGGGCGUAUGAAGGUCCCCUGAACGGGAUUUGGUUCUGGUUCGAGAGAGAGGAGUACUACGUGCUGGUCGGCUGCACGCCCUGCAUUAACCAACCACGAGGAAUUCAGGAUAUCGUUCCAUAUUGCCCAACCCAAGCUUCCUUCUAUCAUCAAAUCGUGACGACAUAUUCCUAUGUCUCAUCUUCACUGCAUGACACUCUAUCAGCAUAG